AAUGGGCGUAAUAGCAAAUCUAAUACGUGAGGCAUAAGCAAGCCACGCUUCUCGAUUCCCUCAAUCUCUGGAAUAUUCACUGAAACCUCUCAAAAGUUCUCCUUUGCUUCUUAUUCUCUUUUGUCUUCUCUCUCACAUCUUCUUUCGUUCAAAUAAAAAGAAAAACACAAGUUGAACAACCCUAAGCUAGCAAACAUGGCGUCGUUCGAGCAAGCCCCGCCUGGUAAUGCAAAAGCCGGGGAGAAGAUUUUCAAGAUCAAGUGUGCCCAGUGCCACACCGUUGACAAAGGUGCCGGUCAUAAGCAAGGACCCAACCUUAAUGGUCUGUUUGGGAGGCAGUCGGGUACAACUCCAGGGUACUCAUAUUCCGCUGCUAACAAGAACAUGGCUGUGAUUUGGGAGGAAAAAACUUUGUAUGAUUAUCUGCUCAACCCUAAGAAGUACAUUCCUGGAACGAAAAUGGUAUUCCCCGGAUUGAAGAAACCACAAGAUCGAGCUGACCUCAUUGCAUAUUUGAAGGAGUCUACGGCAUCCUAAUUGGGCUGGAAACAGUAAUAAUUUCAGUUUUACGUAUUCCAUUCCAUUUUGCAGUCAUUGGAGAUUGUUUCUCUGUUUCAAAGCAACAGGAUAUAAUAAAAGAAUAAAAUUAGACCUUGUUGGUGUAGGUCAGCCAUGCUUGUUAAUUUGCACAAUGAGCAUUCAUAUCCGUAACUAUUCUUUCUUUGACUAGAGGUUGCCAUUGCUGGCUAUUGUAAGGCUUAUUCAAUUAGAUAGUCGCUGUAUUUGAUGAAUUUCUGGUAUAUUACAAGCAUGAGAAGGAUAAUUGUUUGUUCA